CCAAAGGGAAGUAGAAAAGAAAAAGUUAAAAAUAGUCACUUCCGCGUCCUCCUGCCCCACUGCCGGGUGUUGUGCCCCGCGUUGAGGUCCUCUGCUCCAGGUCUACCACCUAUGCUGAGCCUCAUCGAGCUGUUCUGCUCCACAGCACGUUCCAGCAAGGUCUCCUGCUCCACUGUGAGGAAGUCUUCUUCCCCAUGGAGGACCCUGUGAUCCGCAUACCCCCCUACCACUACAUCCACGUGUUGGACCUCAACAGCAACGUCACUCGUGUGGAGGUUGGACCUCACUCCUACAUCCGGCAGGACCAUGAGAGGGUGGUCUUUUCCCCCAAGCGCAUGGUGAUAGUUCCCCCCCGGCACUACUGCGUGGUGCUCAAUCCUGUGGCCCGGGGCCCAACGGGAGCUGUGCUGUUCGAUGGUGCGGGGCAGGCCCAGCUGCGGCAUGCUGACCUUGAUGUCCGCCUCACCCAGGAGCCCUUUCCCCUGUACCCCGGUGAGGAGCUCCAGCAGGGUGUCACCCCGCUGCAGGUGGUGCUGGCUGAUACUGCCCUGCGCCUUCGAGCCUUGCUUGACUUUGAGGAUGAGGAUGGGAACAAGUUUGUGGCAGGCGAUGAGUGGCUCUUCGAGGGUCCUGGCACCUACAUCCCCCACAAGGAGGUAGAGGUGGUUGAGACGUUGCAGGCCACCGUCAUCAGGCACAACCAGGCCAUCCGCCUGAGGGCACGCAAGGAGUGCCUCGACCGUCAGGGCACGCGGCGUGUCACAGGUGAGGAAUGGCUGGUGAAGCGGGUGGGUGCCUACCUGCCAGGGGUCUACGAGGAGGUGGUCGAUGUCGUGGAUGCCUAUGUCCUCACUGACAAGAAAGCCCUCCACCUGCGAGCUACCCGGACCUUUGAGGAUGCGCAGGGACAUGUGCGCCGCACAGGAGAGGAGUGGCUGGUGACACAGGAGCAGAGUGAGGCCUACGUCCCUGAUGUCUUCGAGGAGGUGGUAGCUGAGGUGCUGGUGACAACUUUGGGUCCUCGACAGUACUGCGUGGUGCUCGACCCUGUGGGACCCAACGGGCAGCCCCAGCUGGGACAGAAGCGUGUGAUCAAGGGGGAGAAAUCCUUCUUCCUGCAGCCGGGUGAGCGGCUCCAGGCUGGCAUCGAGGAUGUCUAUGUGCUCUCUGAGGAUGAGGGGCUACUUCUUCAGGCUCUGCAGACAAUCAAGGACACUGACGAGGAUGGGACGGAGGUGAUACGGCGUGCAGGGGACCGCUGGUUGGCCCGGGGUCCUCUCGAGUACGUGCCACCAGCUGAGGUGACUGUGCUGGAGCGACGCCGUGCGCUGGCCCUGGCUGAGAACGAGGGCAUCUAUGUGCGGGACAUCCGCACCGGCAAGGUGCGGGUGGUGACGGGGCAGACCUACAUGCUGACGGAGGCCGAGGAGCUGUGGGAGAAGGAGCUGCCCCAAGGGGUUGAGACCCUGUUGGCUGAGGCUCGUGGGGACACAGCUGGUCAAGAUUUGGGCAUCCAGUCAUCCUCAGGCCCCAGUUUUGGGGUCCAGGAAAGGGACCGGACCCGUGCUGUCACAUAUCAGGUGCCCCAUAAUGCUGCUGUGCAGGUCUAUGACUACCGGGAGCGGCGAGCACGAGUGGUACUGGGCCCCGAGCUGGUGGUGCUGGGCCCUGGUGAGCAGCUGACGGUGCUGUCCCUAUCUGGAGGCCGCCCCAAAAGGCCCCACGCGCGCCGCAGCCUCUGCCUGCGCCUCGGCCCUGACUUCUGUGCUGACAUUGUCACCAUUGAGACAGCUGACCAUGCACGGCUGCAGCUGCAGCUGGCCUACAACUGGCACUUUGAGGUGCCUGAGGAUCCAAAGGCUCUGGGGCGUCUCUUCAGUGUUCCUGACUUUGUGGGGGAUGCCUGCAAGGCCCUGGCCUCCCGUGUGCGUGGAGCUGUCGCUGCUGUCACCUUUGAUGACUUCCACAAGAAUUCCAAUCGCCUCAUCUGCUCAGCUGUCUUUGGCUUUGACGAGAGUGGACGACUGCGGGAGCACCUGCGCUUUGUCCCCAAUGGGCUGGUGGUGACGAGCGUCGACAUCCAGAGUGUGGAACCUGUGGACCAACGCACACGCGACGCACUGCAGCGCAGCGUCCAGCUGGCCAUCGAGAUCGCCACCAACUCCCAGGAGGCUGCCGCCAGGUCCCCAGUUCCCUGUGUCACCUUGGGUUGCCCCCCUUGUGUUCUUGUUGCCAUAUGUCUUCUUUUGCCUCUCUGUAUGCCAUGUGUUGCCAUAUUCCCACCUCUCCUUUUCCACUUCCUGUCCCCAUAUGACCUCUUUAUCCCCAGGUGUCCUCUAUGUCCCCUGUGUCCCCAAAUGUCCUCUAUAUCCCAUACAUCCCCAAAUUUCCUCUACAUCUCCCAUUUGCUCAAGUGUUCUCUAUAUUCCCAAGUGUCCCCAAAUAUCCUCUCUAUCCCUCUUGUCCACAGAUGUCCUUGUCCCACAUCCCCGAGCAUCUUCUAUGUGUCCCAUGCCACCAAAUGUCCUCUUUAUCUCCCAUGUUUCCAAAUGUCUUCCAUAUCCUCUGUGCCCCCAAACUUCAUUCCACAUACCCUCCAUCCUAAUGUCCCACAUAUCUUCAGCAUCACCUGCAUCCUUCUGUGUCCCAGUAUCCCCAAAGCGUUCCCAGUGUCCCCAGUGUGUUCCCAGUGUCUCUAACAUGUCCCAUAUGUCCCAUCCCCAAUGUCACCUGUGUGUCCUCAGUAUCCUCAGAACCCCAGAGUUCCCACAGCAUCCCCAGUGUCCUGUGCUCCAGUGACCUCAACGUGUCUCCAACUGUCCUCCCACUGUCCCGUCUGCAUCCCCACUGUCCCACCCCCCAGUGUCCCCAGUUGGCCCCCAGUGUCCCCCCAGUGUCCCACAUGCCCACAGUGUCCCUUCA